UGGGGUGGCAAGGCGUGCCGUGGUCUCCGGGAGCCGCAGCGCAACACCUCCUAGAAGGUCGCGCCAGCCGCAGCUCCAAGCCUGGGACGUCCGGAGCGCAGGAGAGGAAUAACCCCCAACGCCACCCCAAGCCGGCUGGCAGCAAUCUGUCCGGGUGGCCCCGCCGGUUGGCUCUGCCAACGGGGAGACAGCAGCUGCCUGGAGAGCAGGUUCCCUAGACUGACCUGUGGGAGAGCCAGCCCGUCCCAGAAGAAGCCGCGAAGCUGCUCCUGCGCCCGGGACCGUUCAGACUGCACCGGAGGGUAACCUAGGGCCCCGGGCUCCAAGCCGUUUGGAGCCGCCCUUGGCCGAACCCGGGGAGCCUUCCGCCCGGACGGACGGUUUGGGGGGACGGCACAGCAGCUGCGGAGAGAGCCCGCGGGGGGCGGGGGAGCCCAGGCGCAGCCGUCGGGGGUGGCCAGACCCGGGCAGAAGUCCCGCCGCCUCCUUCUCCAGGGCCCGCGGAAAGCCCCGGGCCUCCGCCGCCAUUGCGCCCAAGAGUGAGGAGGAUUUGCUGGCCCUGGCCGCGUCGCGGCUGAACCGCCGCAAGCGGGUGGCGGGCGCAGCCGUCGGGGUGGCCAUGGUGCUGUUGUUGCUAGUGGCCAUCCCGUUGCUGGUGCACAGCUCCCGCGGGCCGGCGCACUACGAGAUGCUGGGUCGCUGCCGCAUGGUGUGCGACCCGCACGGGCCCCGUGGCCCCGACGGCACGCCCGCAUCUGCGGCCCCCUUCCCGGCGGGAGCCAAAGGAGAGGUGGGCCGCCGCGGAAAGGCGGGCCUCCGAGGACCUCCGGGGCCGCCCGGACCUAGAGGACCGCCGGGAGAGCCUGGCAGGCCCGGGCCUCCAGGGCCCCCUGGGCCGGGCCCCGGCGGGGUGGCGCCUCCAGCCGGCUACGUGCCGCGUAUUGCCUUCUAUGCCGGCCUGCGGCGGCCUCACGAGGGCUACGAGGUGCUGCGCUUCGACGACGUGGUGACCAACGUGGGCAAUGCAUAUGAGGCCGCCAGCGGCAAAUUCACCUGCCCCAUGCCGGGCGUCUACUUCUUCGCUUACCACGUGCUCAUGCGCGGGGGCGACGGUACCAGCAUGUGGGCAGACCUGAUGAAGAACGGACAGGUCCGAGCCAGCGCCAUAGCGCAGGACGCCGACCAAAACUACGACUACGCCAGCAACAGCGUCAUCUUGCACCUGGACGUGGGUGACGAGGUCUUCAUCAAGCUGGACGGCGGCAAGGUGCACGGUGGCAACACCAACAAGUACAGCACCUUCUCUGGCUUCAUCAUCUACCCGGACUGAGCCUGCGCCCCCGCACCCCCCUCC